AUGGGUUGGUUCGACGGCGCCUCGGAAUCAGGACGCUCGCACUCCUCUCGAAAGCAUUCCUCGCACUCGCAUUCGGGCAAAAAACAUCGUUCCUCCACCCACUCCACGCACUCCACGCACCCUAACAAUGCCUCUGGCAUCCUCGAAAGUAUCGGAGGAGGAGGAGGAAAUACAUCACCAAAAUCAAGCCACAGUCAUCGCGAGCGCUCCAGGAGUCGUACUCGAGGCUCUGGCAGCGUUUACGGCAGCGGUGAUGCGAAACAAAAUUCUAGUCGCGGUAGUUUCUUCGGCCCCAACUUCAACUCCCACUCCCACUCCACAUCCCACUACAAACGCUCUCCACGCCCCAACUACCUAAAACGCAUCUACCACAAACUGCGUCAGCUCCUACGCGAUCUCAUCUACUACAUGAAACGACACCCGAUGAAAGUAUUCAUGCUAGUUAUCAUGCCGCUGAUAACCGGGGGUGCGCUCGCGGGAUUAUUGAAGAAAUUUGGGGUGAGGCUACCUGGGGGCUUGGAGAAACUGAUUGGGGGUGGGAAGGGAGGGAAUGGGAAUGGCAGUGGAAAGAGUAGAUUUUGGGGAGGGAAUGGGGGGAGGGAUGCGGCGUAUGAGUUUGAGAAGAGUACUGGUAGUGUGAAGGGUAGCGGGGGUGCGAUGGGGAAAUUGGGUAUGCUGGCGGGGGGGAUGGAGAGUGUGGGGGGUGCGAUGAAGUUGGUGAAGUUGUUUCUUUGA